AUGAGUGUUGAUACUUUAGCUAUUUCUACUAUUCGUUUGUUGGCAGUUGAUGCUGUCGCUGCUGCUAACUCUGGUCACCCUGGUGCCCCAUUAGGUUUGGCUCCUGCUGCUCAUGCUUUGUUCAAGAAGAUGGCCUUCAACCCUGCUAACCCUGAUUGGAUCAACAGAGAUCGUUUUGUUCUUUCCAACGGUCAUGCUUGUGCUCUUUUGUACUCCAUGUUGGUGUUGUACGGUUACGACUUGACCCUCGAAGAUUUGAAACAUUUUAGACAAUUGCACUCCAAGACUCCUGGUCACCCUGAAGCUCAUGAAAUCCCUGGUGUCGAAGUCACCACUGGUCCUUUGGGUCAAGGUAUUUGUAAUGGUGUUGGUUUGGCUCUUGCUCAAAAGCAGUUUGCUGCCACAUACAAUAAGCCUGGCUUCCCAAUUAGUGACUCUUAUACUUAUGUCUUCCUCGGUGAUGGUUGUCUUAUGGAAGGUGUUUCUUCAGAAGCCUCUUCUCUUGCUGGUCACUUGCAAUUGAACAACUUGAUUGCCUUCUGGGAUGAUAACCAAAUCUCCAUUGAUGGUAGUACUAAGGUUUCCUUCACCGAAGACGUGAUUGCAAGAUACAGAGCUUACGACUGGAACAUUAUUGAAGUAAUCAAGGGUGAUGAUGAUAUCGAAGCUAUCUCCAAUGCUAUCGAUGAGGCUAAGAAGUGUACCAACAAGCCAACUUUGAUCAGAUUGAAGACUAUCAUUGGUUACGGUUCCUUGGCUGCUGGUACUCAUUCUGUCCAUGGUUCUCCAUUGAAGGCUGAUGAUAUCAAGCAAUUGAAGGAAAAGUUUGGCUUUGACCCUUCCAAGUCUUUUGUCAUUCCUGAAGAAGUCACUGCUCUGUACCAAGAACACGUUAAGGAAAACCAAUCCAAGGAAGCUGCUUGGAAUGAUUUGUUUGCUUCUUAUAAGAAGGAAUUCCCUGAAUUGGGAGCUCAAUUGCAAAGAAGGUUAGAUGGUCAAUUACCAGAAGGUUGGGAAAAGGCUUUACCAGUUUACACUCCUCAAGAUAAGGCUGUGGCCACUAGAAAGUUGUCUGAAACUGUCUUGUCUUCUUUAUACAAUGUUUUACCAGAAUUGAUUGGUGGUUCCGCUGAUUUGACCCCUUCCAACUUGACCAGAGCUGCUGCAGCUGUUGAUUUCCAAGCACCAUCUACUGGCUUAGGUGAUUACUCUGGAAGAUACAUUAGAUACGGUGUUAGAGAACAUGGUAUGGGUGCUAUCAUGAAUGGUAUCGCUGCCUUUGGUGCCAACUACAAGAACUUUGGUGGUACUUUCUUGAACUUUGUUUCUUAUGCUGCUGGUGCAGUUAGAUUAUCCGCCUUGUCUCAAUUGCCAUCUAUCUGGGUUGCUACUCACGAUUCUAUUGGUUUGGGUGAAGACGGUCCUACCCAUCAACCUAUUGAAACUUUGGCUCAUUUCAGAGCUUUACCAAACACAGCUGUCUGGAGACCUGCUGAUGGUAAUGAAGUUUCUGCUGCUUAUAAGCAAGCCAUUGAAUCUACCACCACACCACACAUCAUUGCUUUGACCAGACAAAACUUGCCUCAAUUGGAAGGUUCUUCUAUUGAAAAGGCUUCUAAAGGUGGUUACAUCUUGUGUAAGAAGUCUGACACUCCAGAUUUGACGUUUGUUUCUUCUGGUUCUGAAGUUUCAAUUUGUGUUGAUGCAUCUGCCAAGUUAGCUGAACAAGGUAUUAAGGCCAAUGUUGUUUCUAUUCCUGAUUUCUUGACCUUUAACAAGCAAUCUGAAGAUUACAAGUUGUCUGUUUUGCCAGAUGGUGUUCCAAUUAUGUCUGUUGAAGUGAUGUCUACUUUUGGAUGGUCCAAAUUUUCUCAUCAACAAUUUGGUAUCAACACUUUUGGUGCCAGUGGUAAGGCUGAAGACUUGUACAAGUACUUUGGUUUCACUCCUGACAACAUUGCUGCAAAGGGUCUUGACACCAUUAACUUCUACAAGGGUAAGCAAGUUAUUUCCCCUAUUAGAUGUGCCUUUUAA